CGGAGCCGCCGCGAGAACGCGACCAGUGCCGGCACGCACGCACGCGAGCACUCGAGGAAGUCGCACCGACCGCCGGGUCUGGGAGAGGAGUCUGGUGAACGGUCGCGAGAUGAUGCACCACCGAGGCUGAUUCGGGACGCUGCGCGCACACCUACGGUGCUGCGCCGCGAGAAGCUGCCGUUGCGCGUUCUGAACUCAGCACGCGCGCGCGCGAGAGACUCCUUCGUUCCUUCCGUCUCUCCUCCCCCCGACGCCGCAGAGGAGCAACGUUCCGCCGGUGUCCCCCCUCCUGGAGCGCCUCCUGGGGCCGUGCCGGCGAGGUCUCGUGUGUCAGCCGUGAUCCCGCUGUCGUUGGCGUUGCUCUUGAUGUUGCUGGCCGGGCCGUCGGAAGAGUUUUUCUUUGAAUACCCUAAGAAAGCUCUGAUGGAGUUCUUCCAAUCGCUGAGGGCGAAGAAGCAGACGCCUAAAACGGACAUGCAGCACUAUCAUAUACAUUAUUACCCGAUGCCGGUUCAGUUAUUAGCUUGGAAAGCACCGGGCAAACGGGAUCUCGACAAACUCUACAGCGAUGCCAUCAGAUCGUUAGGAUGGGCCGACUAUCCGUACAAAUUCACACCUGAUCCUAUGAUGAUCCUAUCGGGCUUUCAGCAGCUGUUGGACGACUCUAGUACUUGGGAUCAGGAUUUCUUGGGAACAGAAAUCGAGGACCAAAUGUCCAUCGAUCGCAACAUGAAGGGGAUACUGGUGCCAGUUCCUAUCAAUCCACAGCUCGUGAUGCAGUGGCUGAAAAAGUCUCGGAAAGAGGCAGCCACCUAAGUAUCAUCCUCUACUACGCCUCGGUCGACGAUCGUACGAUUUAUCAACGUCGAAGUCAUCUUAACUUAAUUUUAAACUAAAUAAUUAAAAAUAAGCGCGUCCUCGUGUGACGUACGAAUCUACCGUUGAUCCAUUAUUUAUUACAAGAACGUGUUUGACGUUAGAUUUUUCGGAAUUCUUCCUACUCCGAGAUUUUAUAUUUUUAUACGUUUGUACGCACAAUCAUGUCAAAAGAA